GAGGGUGGGGGCAGGAAAUUGACAGCGCGCUGCUUGCACGUAGUCGUGGGAAAAACUUUGUAUACGUGUACCUACUCUACCUAUAUAGGAUACAAGAUCAGAACAGUAGUGCGGAGAGCAUCACAUGGGACAGGCCGAUAGACGAUGACUCCGGCUAUAAGGUAGCGAGAGUAGUGUUUUGUAGUGAGGAUUGUUGAAUUAAAGCGUGCCACAUCAAACCAAAGGAGCAAAAAUGUCUAAACCGAGAAACGCAGAAAAGCUUAGCAAUGGCAGCAAAACGGAGCCCAGCGUCUGGGUCCGGGCAAUCACAGCUAACUCCGAGUGGCCCGACAAGGAAGAAUUCCUUGAUGUCAUUUAUUGGUCAAGGCAGGUCAUUGGAAUUAUAGUUGGCAUUGCAUGGGGUCUAUUACCUUUGAAAGGAUUUCUUGGACUGUUGUUGUUCGUUCUUGUAAAUGCUGGUAGUUUGUACGUGUACUUCAGUAGUUUUCAACAAGUAGAUGAAGAAGAAUUUGGUGGCGCAUGGGAGCUGACCAAAGAAGGAUUUAUGACUUCGUUUGCUGGAUUCUUGGUGACUUGGAUCAUUAUAUACUCUGGUUUACAUUUUGACUGACGAGCAUCUCUUCCACUGCAGCCAAGCUUGAUAAAAAUGUGUAAAAGGAUGAACAAUUGAUUUAUGGAGUACCUUGUGACAUUCCUUUUUAACAAACAUUUAUAAAAACCAUUUUGACGUAAACCACUUUAUGAGAUAUUAAUACGUAUAAAAAGAAAAAUAUACAUUUAUUCGCUGAGCACAUCAGGUUCAUGUGUCCAGUAGGCUAAAAACCAA